UAUUUACUGUAAAUGUUCUCGUUAUUGGUAGAUUUUGAGUCUUUUUGUUCUAAUCAGAUGAUCACGAGACUUCAAAAUCGUGAUAAUUUAAACAGUUUCGUACAUCAAUAUGUUAGAAAAAACAGUUGUUAAAAAGAAAAAUGCAUAAUCAGUAGUCGAUUAAAUAUUAUGAAAAUUAAGUAUUAGAAACCGGGUAAAAUGUCAAAGUUUGAAGUUUUUAUUCAAGUCUUUUUCGCAACGCUUUCUGUUUAUACCGUGCCUAGCAGUUCGCACAACAAAAUGGCCGGAGAGGGUUUCGCGUUCAUCAAGCAAUUCCCGUUCAUCGUCAGCGUACAGGAAUUCGGUAAAAGGCACAUAUGCAGCGGGACGUUGGUCAGCAUGGGUCAUGUGCUCACUACUGCGCGCUGCGUUUCCUUGAGGAAAGAAAACAGCACGGUCGUUUUCACCAGGGAGCCCGAAGAGCUGUCGGUCGUGUCCGGCUUGAUCGACCUCACGAGCUACAACCCGAAGAAGCAAAACAGGACCGUGAGAGGCGUUUACCUCCACCCGGGCUACGGAUUCCGCAACAUCGUCGACACCAUCUAUCUCCAUGAUAUGGCCAUAGUGGAGCUGUCGAAAAUCUUCAUAAAAGACUACUUCACGAUGACGGCGCCGUUUUCGCCGCGUAAGGACGCUGCGGACGACUUGGAGAAGUACAAGAACAACAAGGCGAAAUGCCUCCACACCGGAUGGCAAUUCGGUUCGACGGGCAAGACCAACAAGUCUUCCACCAAGUUAAAAUUCGUCAAAAUGGUCCUCAUGACGAACUCUGAGUGCAGCAUUUACCUGUGCUCCUUGAGCACGGCGUACUGCAAAAAUCUGCAGCCGGAUCUAAUGUGCGCCGUGCCCGAAACCCGCGUUUCUUCUUUUACAGACGCUGGAGGCCCGUUGAUUUGCAAAGGGAAAAUUUUCGGUCUCAACAUUUACAACGAAGAGACAAUCGGCGGACCAAAACCAAAAAGCUUGUACAUAACAAUAAGCGAUAUCAACAAUUUCAUUUACCUUGUAAAAGAUUUCUCGUGCAGGACGACCGCGGGCUAUGCAAUUAUCUUUGAGCUAUUAAUUCUCAUCGUUUGUUCAAAACUUCAUAUUAAUUAAAUGUAUAAACAAGUGCCCAUCCGCCAUGACAUGUGUUUAAAUAAAUAACAUUAGAAAUGAA